CAGGUAAUAUUUAUAUGUUAUAUAAUACAGCUUAUACAUGUAACCUAAAGGUAGUUUUAUAUCAUGUUUAUACACAGCACCCUCAGACAGUACAGUACUGUAAUCAGACAGGUAAUAUUUAUGUUAUAUAAUAUAGCUUAUACAUGUAACCUAAAGGUAGUUUAUAUCAUGUUUAUACACAGCACCCUCAGACAGACAGUACUGUAAUCAGACAGGUAAUAUUUAUAUGUUAUAUAAUACAGCUUAUACAUGUAACCUAAAGGUAGUUUUAUAUCAUGUUUAUACACAGCACCCUCAGACAGACAAACAUUACAGUAAUCAGACAGGUAAUAUUUAUAUGUUAUAUAAUACAGCUUAUACAUGUAACCUAAAGGUAGUUUUAUAUCAUGUUUAUACACAACACCCUCAGACAGAAAUUACAGUAAUCAGACAGGUAAUAUUUAUAUGUUAUAUAAUACAGCUUAUACAUGUAACCUAAAGGUAGUUUUAUAUCAUGUUUAUACACAGCACCCUCAGACAGUACAGUACUGUAAUCUGACAGGUAAUAUUUAUAUGUUAUAUAAUACAGCUUAUACAUGUAACCUAAAGGUAGUUUUAUAUCAUGUUUAUACACAGCACCCUCAGACAGUACAGUACUGUAAUCUGACAGGUAAUAUUUAUAUGUUAUAUAAUACAGCUUAUACAUGUAACCUAAAGGUAGUUUUAGAUCACAUUUAUACACAGCACACUCAGACAGUACAGUACUGUAAUCAGACAGGUAAUAUUUAUAUGUUAUAUAAUACAGCUUAUACAUGUAACCUAAAGGUAGUUUUAUUUCAUGUUUAUAAAUAGCACCCUCAGACAGACAGUACAGUAAUCAGACAGUAAUAUUUAUAUGUUAUAUAAUACAGCUUAUACAUGUAACCUAAAGGUAGUUUUAUAUCACAUUUAUACACAGCACGCUCAGACAGUACAGUACUGUAAUCAGACAGGUAAUAUUUAUAUGUUAUAUAAUACAGCUUAUACAUGUAACCUAAAGGUAGGUUUAUAUCAUGUUUAUACACAGCACCCUCAGACAGACAGUACAGUAAUCAGACAGGUAAUAUUUAUAUGUUAUAUAAUACAGCUUAUACAUGUAACCUAAAGGUAGUUUUAUAUCAUGUUUAUACACAGCACCCUCAGACAGACAGUACAGUACUGUAAUCAGACAGGUAAUAUGUAUAUGUUAUAUAAUACAGCUUAUACAUGUAACCUAAAGGUAGUUUUAUAUCAUGUUUACAAAUAGCACCCUCAGACAGACAGUACAGUACUGUAAUCAGACAGGUAAUGUUUAUAUGUUAUAUAAUACAGCUUAUACAUGUAACCUAAAGGUAGUUUUAUAUCAUGUUUAUACACAGUACCCUCAGACAGUACAGUACAGUAAUCAGACAGGUAAUAUUUAUAUGUUAUAUAAUACAGCUUAUACAUGUAACCUAAAGGUAGUUUUAUAUCAUGUUUAUACACAGCACCCUCAGACAGUACAGUGCUGUAAUCAGACAGGUAAUAUUUAUAUGUUAUAUAAUACAGCUUAUACAUGUAACCUAAAGGUAGUUUUAUAUCAUGUUUAUACACAGCACCCUCAGACAGUACAGUGCUGUAAUCAGACAGGUAAUAUUUAUAUGUUAUAUAAUACAGCUUAUACAUGUAACCUAAAGGUAGUUUUAUAUCAUGUAUAUACACAGCACCCUCAGACAGACAAUACAGUACGGUAAUCAGACAGUAAUAUUUAUAUGUUAUAUAAUACAGCAUAUACAUGUAACCUAAAGGUAGUUUUAUAUCAUGUUUAUACAUAGCACCCUCAGAUAGUACAGUACAGUAAUCAGACAGGUAAUAUUUAUAUGUUAUAUAAUACAGCAUAUACAUGUAACCUAAAGGUAGUUUUAUAUCAUGUUUAUACACAGCACCCUCAGACAGACAGUACAGUAAUCAGACAGGUAAUAUUUAUAUGUUAUAUAAUGCAGCUUAUACAUGUAACCUAAAGGUAGUUUUAUAUCAUGUUUAUACACAGCACCCUCAGACAGACAGUACAGUAAUCAGACAGGUAAUAUUUAUAUGUUAUAUAACACAGCUUAUACAUGUAACCUAAAGGUAGUUUAUAUCAUGUUUAUACACAGCACCCUCACACAGACAGUACUGUAAUGAGACAGGUAAUAUUUAUAUGUUAUAUAAUACAGCUUAUACAUGUAACCUAAAGGUAGUUUUAUAUCAUGUUUAUACACAGCACCCUCAGACAGACAGUACAGUAAUCAGACAGGUAAUAUUUAAAUGUUAUAUAGAUAGAUACUAGAUAGAUUAACUGCAGAUAGACAGAAACUAACCAUAACAAACUUGACUUCUGUUUAUAUAAUAUAUUUGUUGAGUUGCUAUUGAAAGACAAGAAAUCAACAAUAGAUAAUAGCCGGUUGUUCUUUGAGGGCAUUGUGCAUUCUAUUCAUUUUUGGAAGAAAAGUGAAAAAGUUGUUGUCACGAAUACUGACUGUCAUACAUUCCAUGUAGAACUAUAUGUAUAGAAAGGGCUGUAGGGUUCAGUAGAUGCUCUAUACUCCACUGGCUAAAGAUGGAAUCAGCUCAGGUGCUUGUCCUAGUUAUGACUCUCUGUAUAGGGACAGCAUAUUCCUUAUCAUGUUACACGUGCACCAGCCAGAGCAGCAACAGUAACUGCAUGACGGCCGUUAACUGUACUGCUGGAACUGACUCCUACUGCAAGACGUCUGUUUAUACACAGCACCCUCAGACACACAGUACUGUAAUCAGACAGCAUAUUCCUUAUCAUGUUACACGUGCACCAACGAGGGCAGCAACAGUAACUGUAUGACAGCCGUUAACUGUACUGCUGGAACUGACUCCUACUGCAAGAUGUCUGUUCUGAGUGUUGUGAUUGCAUAUUCCUUAUCAUGUUACACGUGCACCAACGAGGGCAGCAACAGUAACUGCAUGACGGCCGUUAACUGUACUGCUGGAACUGACUCCUACUGCAAGACGUCUGUUCUGAGUGUUGCGUUUUAUUUUGAUGCCAAGCUCCUGCAGCCCACCAGGAAAUCUCCUGGUAUCCUAGAAGACCAAUCCAGCCCUGGCUAUGGGGGAGACAAAAAAAUAAAGAAUAAUAAAGAAGAUAGAUAUACUGUUAUCUCCAUCACUAAGGAAUGUGCCUCAGCCUGCACAGAAGUCACCUUGCAUUCUUCAUCGGCUUCAAAUUCAGUCUCCUGCUGUAACACGAAUUUGUGCAACACCAGUGGUGCUUCCAGUGUGAAAUCCAGCUCUGCCACCCUCGCUCUGUCUGUGGGGCUCUUCCUGGCUCUGCUGGGGAAAUCCUCUCUCUGAUGUGCAAGACAACGCCCCCGAGGAUCCAGCAUUUAGUUCUCCAACAAGUUGUCAGAUUUCAUUUAGAUGAUAUUAUCUAUUGGUUGUAAUCAAUAAAAAUAUAAUUAAAACAUAAAUAAA